AAAUAUAGUUAUUGAUUAUCUAAACUCAUAUCCUGUUAUAUAAUAUUUUGUUAUAAUUCUUAAUGAAACAUGUUAAAAUAAUGUUUAAAACAGUUUUAAUCGUAAUCAUUUUAAUUUUCGAAAAAAUGUGCAGUUAAAUGACAAUGUUUUUAUUUUUGUCUAAAACUAGUUUUAUUUCAUGUUCAGAUUAAGCAAUCAUACAUUAGAAAAUAGAAAGAAUAAUAUGUGUUUCAAUAAAUUAUAAUCUAUUGUAAGAACAUUUGAACUGUUUAUUUAGCGGAUCUAUACUUAUCAUUGUAUUAAAUACAUUUUUUAUACAUUCGUCACAAACGGUCAAGAAUGGAUGCUGGUCAUAAAGAAGAGCGGCCUCUAAAUCCACGAGCCAAAGCAAAUAUCUUUGAAAUCUUUACAUAUAGCUGGAUUUUCAAACUUUUCAAAGUUGGUCGGAAAAGGGAUUUAGAAUUCAAUGAUUUAUAUAUACCUCUAAAUAACGACAGAUCAUCAUUAUUAGGAAUCGAGUUAAAAAAGAGAUGGAAAGUCGAGAUGGUUCAAGCAAAAAAAAAUAGUAGAAAACCUAGCUUGCUAAGGGUAUUAGUUCUAAUGUUUGGUGCUAAACUCAUGUUAUAUGGGUUAAUACUAGCAUUUGUUGAAAUUGUAUUAAGAAUGUCACAACCCAUAUUUAUUGCUGGAUUAUUAGAAUAUUUCAACCCUGACAAGUCUAAUACUAAGGGCUUGAAUCAUGCAUAUUAUUAUGCUUCUGGUCUAUUAUUAAACAUGUUGGCUAAUAUAUUAUUGUUUCAUUAUUCACAAAUGGAAAUGGGACGUCUCGGAAUGAAGAUUCGAGUGGCUUGUUGUUCAGUAAUAUAUAAAAAGGCAUUGCGAUUAAGUAAAACAUCUCUAGGUGAAACCACAAUCGGCCAAGUGGUAAAUUUAUUAUCAAACGAUGCAAAUCGAUUCGAUAUAGCAUUUAUAUUCAUACACUUUUUAUGGGUCGGACCACUGCAAACAAUUGUGGUCACAUAUUUUUUGUGGCAAGAACUCGGUGUAUCAUCAUUAAUUGGAGUGGCUAUAUUUCUUUUAUUUAUUCCUCUACAAGGAUGGCUAGGAAAGAAAACUUCCGAAUACCGGUCAAGAACAGCCCCCAGGACCGACGAAAGAGUAAGGCUAAUGAACGAAAUAAUAUCAGGCAUACAAGUGAUUAAGAUGUACACUUGGGAGAAACCUUUUGCAGUGCUUGUACAGUUAGCAAGAAAAUUGGAACUUAAACAAAUCAGAGGAGUUUUAUUCAUCAGAGUAUUUUUACAAUCUUUUGUAAUAUUUCAUCUCAGAAUCGCGUUAUUUACAAGUAUUUUAUCAUACGUAUUAUUAGGAAACUAUAUAAACACGCAAAAAAUUUUUGUUAUACUCUCGUACUUAAAGAUAUUGACAACAAUGUCAGUAUUUUUUCCACAAGGUAUUCUAACGUUAGCUGAGAUGCUAAUAUCUAUAAAACGUAUUCAGACAUUUUUCCUACAAGACGAAAAGUAUAUACAUGAUAAUGAAAUAUUGUCUUCAACACCAGAAAAACCAUCAAAGACGAAGAAUAGUGUUGAAAUGUUAAAUUUUAAUAACCAUCAUUUUGCAAUGAAUAGAAAUGAUAAUGAAGAAAAUAUGAACCAAUCGGAUAACUUUGGAAUAGACGUUUUAAAUGCAUCGGCUAAAUGGAUACUCAAUCAACCCGAUAAUUGUUUAAAUAACAUUAAUUUAUCCGUUAGACCAGGGCGGUUGGUUGCAGUGAUUGGGCCCGUCGGAGCCGGAAAAAGUUCACUGAUUCAAGCGAUUUUACGAGAAUUACCACUUUGCGAAGGAAGUAUUUCCGUAAGCGGCACAAUAUCAUACGCGUCUCAAGAGCCAUGGUUGUUUAACGGUUCAAUUCAACAGAACAUACUUUUUGGCUCGCCAAUGGAUCCAAAUCGUUACAAAGAAGUUGUAAAAGUAUGCGCGUUGAAAACCGAUUUUAAACAACUUCCUUAUGGUGACAGAUCUUUAGUUGGAGAAAGAGGAGUUUCACUUAGUGGUGGUCAAAGAGCGAGAGUAAAUCUAGCGAGAGCUAUAUAUAAAGAAGCCGAUAUUUACUUAUUGGACGACCCUCUAUCUGCUGUUGACACACACGUUGGAAAACAUUUAUUUGAGAAAUGCAUCAAGGAUUACCUCAAAAAAAAAACCUGUAUUCUAAUUACUCAUCAAAUACAAUACUUGUCGAAUGUUGACCAAAUCGUUUUAAUGGAAAAUGCAAAUAUAUUAGCCGAAGGUUCAUAUCAGGAACUUCAAUCUUCUGGCUUAGACUUUACAAAAUUGCUUAAAUCAUCGGAAGGAACCACCGAUGGUGAAAUUGAUACUACUAAUGUAAUUAAUAACAGUCUGGAGCAGUUAUCAAAUUUAUCUCGUCAAAGUUCUAUUAAAAGUAUUGCGUCUUCUAUUGAUGAAAAUAAAUUAAACGGAACUCAGGCAGAACCCGUUGAAGUGGCUGAAACUCGGUCUUCUGGAAAAGUUUCACAUAGUGUUUAUUUGUCUUAUAUUACUGCUGGAGGAAAUGCUUUUAAAAUAUCAUUUUUGUUAUUCAUAUGCAUUUUCACUCAAAUGCUAAGUACUGGAGGAGAUUACUGGAUAAGUUAUUGGGUUAAUUUAGAAGACAACGUUUUUCGUAAUACGGAGAGUAAAUCUAUGAAUACUAAUAAUUUUAUGACAUACACGAUAUCUGAUUCACACCGGGUAAUAUCUCGCCAAUGUUGUGUUAUUGUGUACACUGUCAUAAACGUAACGUUGAUAAUAGUUGUUUUUAUAAGAUGUGCUACAUUCGUAUCAGUUUUCAUAUCCACUUCCAUGAAUUUACACACCAAUAUGUUCAACGCUAUUACCAGAGCAACAAUGUAUUUUUUUAAUACAAAUUCAUCUGGUCGGAUUCUGAACCGCUUUACAAAAGAUAUUGGAGCUAUUGAUGAAAUGAUAACAGUUCCAUCAAUGGAUUUUAUAUAUAAUUCAUUGUCACUAAUGGGAAUUAUAGCUGUGGUUGGAAUAGUAAAUGUUUACCUUCUUAUACCUACAUUUUUCAUUGGGGUAUUAUUUUAUUACACAGUAGUGUAUUAUUUAUCUACAUCACGUAGUAUCAAACGUUUGGAAGGAGUUUCUCGAAGUCCCAUAUUAGGAUACAUGAACGCAUCACUUCAAGGUUUAUCAACAAUAAGAGCAUUUGAAGCCGAAGAAGUUUUGUCUCGAGAGUUCGAUAAUCAUCAAGAUUUACAUUCUUCAGCGUGGUAUAUUUUUAUUUCAUCCACCGAAGCGUUAGGUUUUGCGUUGGAUAUAAUCUGUCUCAUAUAUAUUACUAUUUUAACAUUUAGUUUUUUAGUCGUCGAAAAUGAUAUUUUUGGGGGAGAUGUUGGACUAGUUAUAACUCAAGCAAUUAGUUUGACGGGUUCACUCCAGUGGGGAAUAAGACAGUUUGCACAAUUAGAUAAUCAGAUGACAUCUGUUGAAAGAGUACUUGAGUAUACAAAUGUUCCACAGGAAGCGGAACUUGAAUCUUCACAAGAUAAAAAACCACCAAAAGAAUGGCCAGAUAAAGGUCAAAUUGUGUUUGAAAAUUUUUAUCUACGUUAUAGUUUAGAUACGGCGCAUGUUUUAAAAAAUCUUAAUAUUCAAAUUCAGGCAAUGGAAAAAAUAGGAAUUGUUGGUCGAACUGGAGCAGGAAAAUCGUCUUUAAUAGGAGCGUUAUUUAGACUAGCUCUAAAUGAGGGCAAUAUCACUAUUGAUGGUAUAGAAAUACAUGAACUAGGAUUACACGAUUUACGUUCCAAAAUUUCAAUUAUUCCUCAAGAACCAAUUUUGUUUACGGGAUCAAUGCGAAAAAAUCUAGAUCCUUUAAACGAACACCCAGACCAUGCCCUUUGGAAUGCUUUAGAAGAAGUUGAACUUAAAACCAUUGUAGAGGAUUUGCCCGACGGUUUGAACUCAAAAAUGUCUGAGGGUGGAUCUAAUUUCAGCGUGGGUCAAAGGCAAUUAGUGUGUUUAGCCAGAGCUAUAGUGCGUAGUAAUAAACUCCUUGUGCUAGACGAAGCUACUGCCAAUGUCGAUUCACAGACCGAUGCUUUGAUUCAAAAUACGAUUAGAAAUAAAUUCCGGUCAUGUACAGUGUUAACUAUCGCUCACCGUUUGAACACAGUCAUGGAUUCUGAUAGGGUGCUUGUUAUGGAUGCUGGAACAGUGGUCGAAUUCGACCACCCUUAUAACUUGUUGAAAAAUAAAGAUGGAUUUUUUUACAAAAUGGUUGAACAAACGGGAACUGAAACGUCUGAGUUAUUACAAAACAUAGCUGUUGAGAGCUUUAUGAACAUUGCCCAAGAAAACAACGAAUUGACCACGUGAUUGCCAAGGUUCAGCUGAUUUUAUAUAAAAAGUAUAUGAAUGAUUGCCAGUUAUUUUUAAUUAUUGUUUCUUAUUUACUUUUUUCUUUGUCACCGGCUGUAUAUUUUUUGUUCAUGACAAUAUUUUUUUUUAUUAAUUUUAGUGUCUUAAACAUUUUUUUUUCAUUUGAUAUUAUACAAUUUUAUUAUGAUCUUCUCCUUG